AUGAAGGAAAACACACACACACACACACACUCAGUCACGGUCAAACAUCUGUCAUAACAACAUGCAGGCGUGACCUCUGACCUCUCCAAGGUUCCUCCCUGCCUGGUUAAAGUCAGGGCUCUUCGUCGCCUCCUCAUUCUCCUCUUCCUCGCUGCAGCCAUGCUCUCCGCUCUGCUGUCCUCCGCUCCCCCUCCCCUCUUCCUCUUCCUCCUCAUCAUCCUGGUUCUGCUGGUUCUGUUCUCCAGUCGGUUGGGUCGGGAAGCUGAGCGUCAGAACCCCCCUGGCCCGGUCCGGGGGCCCGUCCCCUGCCUGCCUCGCCUGCCGGUCCUGGGCAGCCUGCCCUGGCUGGGCGGAGGCCUUCCUCCUCACCUGCUCUUCACCCGGCUGACCUACAGGUAUGGAGCUCUGUUUGCGCUCUACCUCGGCCCUCACUACACCCUGGUGGUGAACAGCCAUCAACACGCCAGAGAGGUGCUGCUGCAGAGGGGCAAGGACUUCGCUGGACGUCCUGACAUGGUCACCACCAACCUGCUGACCCGGGGAGGAAAAGACAUCGCCUUCUCAGACUACUCUCCUCUGUGGAGGUUUCACCGCCGCCUCGUCCACAACUCCUUCACCCUGUUUGGAGAGGGAACCAGCCGGCUGCAGGACAUCGUUUUGUCUGCGGUGGAUGCUCUCUGCGUGGAGCUGCUGGCCCACGGGUCGCGGGGCUUCGACCCGUCAGCCGCCAUCACCAGGGCCGUCACAAACGUGGUCUGCACCCUGGUGUUCAGCAGCUCCUACGGCCCCGGAGACCGCGAGCUGCAGGAGGUGAUCGGUUACAACAACGGCAUCGUGGAGACGAUCGCCAGGGGCGGGCUGGUGGACAUCUACCCCUGGAUGAAGGUGUUUCCUAACAGGUCUCUCAGUAAACUGAAGGAGUGCAUCACCAUCAGGGACCGACUGCUGACCCGGAAACUGGAGGAGCACAAGGCAGCACUGGGUGACGGUGACCCCCGUGACCUCCUGGAGGCCUUGCUGAAGGGUCAGACGGGCAGUGGGCGGGGUCAGAGGUCACAUGGGUCAACAGAAGAGGGGAUAACAGACGACCACGUCUUGAUGACGGCGGCCGAGGCGUUUGGAGCCGGUGUGGAGACGACGUCCACGACUCUGCUGUGGAUCCUGGCCUACCUGCUGCACCACCCCGAGGUCCAGGAGCGCGUGCAGAGGGAGCUGGAUGAGAACGUGGGCGGUGAUCGUGCGGUGAGUGUGUCGGACCGCAGCCGGCUGCCCUACCUGGACUGCGUCAUCAACGAGGGCAUGAGGAUCCGACCGGUCAGUCCGGUUCUGAUCCCGCACACUGCCAUGACCGACAGCAGCAUCGGCGGUCACGCCGUGCGCCGCGGGACUCGGGUUUUGGUCAACAUGUGGUCGAUUCACCACGACCCCCGGUUCUGGGACAAACCGGACCUGUUCAACCCAGGUCGUUUCCUUGACGACAAAGGUCAGCGUGCCACACCCACCUGCUUCCUGCCGUUUGGGGCGGGACCUCGGGUCUGCGUCGGCGAAUCGCUGGCCAGGCUGGAGCUUUUCCUCUUCCUGUCCUCGCUGCUCCAGCGAAUGAGCUUCAGGCUGCCAGACGGGGUUUCCCCACCCAACUUGCAGGGGCGUCUGGGCGUGGUCUUACAGCCGCUGCCUUAUAAGGUGGUGGUCAGUCCACGCCCAGGCUGGGAGGGCGGGGCUACAUGAAAAGGGGCGGAGCCUACAGCCACAACAAUAAAACUACUUUCUAGUUACCCUUUACUGAAUAAUGAAAAACAAUAUUACAACUUUUUCUCAAUGAUUUACUGACACUGUUGUUUAGUUAGACUGAGCCGAUUUCCUUUGAUAAAAAAAAGCAUGUUAAAAAAAUAACUUUGUAACAGAUGGUUGCUUAAAAAAAAUAAUAAUUAUAUAUAUAUAUAUAUAUAUAUAUAUAUAUUUUAUUUAUUUUUUGCUUUGUAAAAUAUUUCUUAGCAGGACUAAAUUACUAAUACUCGGCUACCUUGUUGUCCUUUAGCAUCACAUCUUUCAUCAGAGUUUCUAACAUCCCUGAAAAACAUUCCCGAAUUUAAAUUUAAAAAUUUGGGAAUUUUGAAUUUAAAAAACUAAUUGUUCUUUAGUUUUCAAUUUUAAAAUCCAUCAUCCCCCAAAAAAUCAUAAAUUUGAUGUUAAAUUGAGUCAUAUUCAGAUUAAAAGUCCAUUUUUUGAACAUAAGCUUUACUUAGGGAUUAAACACAUUUUUAUGAAUAUUUUGAUUGGUCUGAUGUAAUAUUUUAAUCUUAAAUAUCAUGUUUUCAUUAGCUAUAUUACAGCAGAAAAUCAUCAUAAUUAACUAAUAAAGUUUUGAAAACA